AUGGCCCAUCUACUCAAGAUACCCCUCGAGCUUAGGCAAGAAAUCUUUUACUGGAUCAUCUGCUCGCUAGUAGAGCCACCGGAAUCUCCUAUCUCCGAACAAGAACACCGCCAGCGGUUGCCAUAUGGUGAAUAUGUCAGCCAGGGCAUCUGGAAUGAAUGGGACUUUCUCAGACGUGGCAUUUGGCAUCGAGCUCCCACAAACCCUGCGCUCUCUCUCCUCCAGCUAAACAAACAGAUCCAUGACGAAGCCAGCCACUUUCUUCGACACACUCCAACGGACUGCGAUGUCGACAUCAUGUAUGUCAAAGAGUCCGGCCUCUGGCCAACUUGGUCAAUCCCGAAGCUCCCCGAGACACAGUACAUCGACUCUGUCCAUGCAACCUUUCGAAUCUUUAACCCUCCCGAAGAUCUAGGUGACCAGUUUCGGUACAGGUCGACGUGGUCACGAAUGAUGUGUCACUCGCCUACCUUUCAUAGGGUCUUCUACGGGCUGCUCACUGCCUUCCUCAAACGUGGACCCGGCCUUUUAGACCGCACCCAUCCUGAAGAUGACGACAGCAUCGCCCCAAGAUACAUUGUCAGGAAGAUCUUCAUCGACAUCGUUGCACCUACCGAUGGCACUCAGCAUACCAGUAUUCUCAUGGAUGACAGUCGCUACCCGAAGGGCCGGAGUGCUCGCCACUUACGAUACACGUACGGAGACCAUGAUGAUGUAGAUACGCCACCUGAAGAACGCCUCGCGUCACACUUGUCUAAACAAUUGGAGAACUUGUUAUUUGUUCAAUUUUGGUGUUAUGAAUUCAUGCACUUGAUGAUCAUUUAUGAGCAGGUGGCUGAAGAAUUUAUUUUCACAGUCAAUGGGGAGGAAUACAAAAGAGUCAGCAUGGAAGAUAGCUUCCAGAAACUCAAACAAAAGUUCUUUCCCCAAAAUUUAGAAGACCCAGAUGCUACUGAGAGGACCGGGCGGUAUUGGGUAUGGGGACAUUGGGUGGAAGAAAGGCGGCGAAGGAUGAAAGAGGGCCUUGAACUCGACAACCGAAGGCCUGCGGGUGUGGAGAGCUUCUAUCAGCGGUGA